AUGGCGAUUGACUUGUACAAACAGCAAUCCGCAAUGUUACAUCAGUGGAUAAAUAGAUCUUCGCUUGAAGAGAAAAAACGACCUGUUAUUAAAUUCUCAAUAUUAUCAGGUGAAAAUGGUCGAGCCCACAUGGGACAUGUAACACAAGAAAUUGCAAUGAAAGCGAGUCCCAAUGAUAAGAUUGACAUGAGACUAGUGGAUGAAUACAUGCACAUGGACACGAUCUCGGAUCCGGACCUCAUGAUUGUUUACGAUGGACUUCCACAUAACUACAUUUCAUUGGAUGGUUAUCCUCCCUGGCACAUUCGUCUCACAGAAAUUGCUAAUUGCUCAAAUUAUCACUGUUUGAAUUAUGAUUUAUUCUCCAAAUGUCUAUAUAAAUAUUCUAAAGUGGAACAACGUUUUGGUCGUUAG